CACACCAACCACUCCCCCACCAGAACUCUAUUUCCCAUAUAGAGAUUCUAUCCAGGAAACAUCUUUCCAGACACCGCUCGAUUUCAUGACUGUGGAAAUAGAAACUGGAAUACCUAUAGGCGAGAAUUCAUUGUACUCCUUCCUGACGGCCACAACGACAGGAAUUAUCCAUUUUUCCAAGCAACGUCCUACAAGAAUGAUGCUGACUCAAUUUACAAAUCCUUCCAGAUUCGAGUUAAGAGAUCUAUACGUAUCGGAUCCUGCUAUUGCCGUGUUUGGGGCACCUGUUGACGCUUAUAUUGGCAGCCCAAGUUUAUAUCAUGAGGUGUUCGAAAGCAGAACCCAUGCAGGAUUUUUCUCAGCACUGAGGAACAGACUAAGAACAUUAGAGGCAAGCCCAUGGGGCGCGGAUAACAAUGAUGUCAUUAAUACGCUUAGCACUGCUGUGAUGUUUACCUGGAAGGACUUUCAACCUCCCGGUUCAAUUGCAGGAGAAGAGAUGGCGACGUACCAGGCAAUAGUAUUUACUAACGGAGCAAGAACAGGCGUACUGAUGUUCUAUGAGCAAGGUAGUUUCAGCUGGGAUCCCCAAUCGAAGGCGGUUCCAGUUAGGAUUGGUUACAAUUCUAAGUAUACAUGGGUGAACCGGUUACUAGAAUCCGAUCUUAUUUCAAGCUACAAACCAGACCAGUCUAUUGGAUCACAGUCGGGGACUCAGGGAAUACUGAUUUACAGACUCGACAACAACCCAAGCACGUUCGUUAACUCAGGUCUGUUCUGCUCUAACUGGUACAUGGAAGACCAAGCCACCCUCUGGCCACCCUUGUGGAUACGACUUUUAUUUACACCUCCAUGUCCGUGUACUGUUUGGCAGGCCAUAUCUGAUCGAAGAUAUCGUUUCUGCAAUUACCUGUUUGACCAAUCAGAGCUGUCUGUGAGGAAUAGUUUUUUUUUUGGUUUCUUCUUCCCAUACUGCCAACAAAGCCGAUGGCAGUUUUUCGGGGGUAGCUACCGAUGUACAUACUUCUUUGGGCUUCUACCGGGCUACAUAAUCGACUUAUGGUGGAGUUCUCAUUAUGAGGCGUAUACCUUCUCAUUUCAACGGUGGCUUGCAAAUGAUGUGCUCCCAAGGUAUCACUGCUGCCAAGUAGCUGGUGGAGAUUUCUGUGAUUUGUACGAGGAAAGACGCCCUCCUUCGACAUGCUCACGAUAUAGACCUCCGCGAUCUGCAUGGUUCUGGGGCGACCCCCACAUCAACACAUUGGAUGGAAGAAUGUAUUCUUUCAAUGGUCUUGGGGAGUACAUUAUGUUGGAGUACAACAAUAACGAUACAUUCGUUCUGCAGGCCAGGACUGGCAAAGCCUUCAACAAUAGCGAGCCUGUCGAAACAGGAACUGUUUUUACCGGUUUCGCUGCUACACAGAGCAUCACAGUGGUGGAGUUUUCCCUAAAUGACAACAGAACGGACAUGAGGAUUCUCGUUAACAGAACCGACGAGAUUACCGACUUGACCGAGUUAGAAGGAGACGGCUAUGCCUCUGCAGAUUCUUCGUUUUCAUUGACGCGUGAGAAUGGAACUACUGCGGACGAAAUCAAGGUCAAUGCUUACUUUCAGGUUGGUGACACGCCCGCUACGUCUUUCACCGUGACCUUUUCUAACGGGAUUCUUCUUGUAACCAUCGAAGCACCGCCGGAAUACGAAGAAGAUGGACCUGGCAGAGGUCUUCUGGGCAAUAUGAACGGCGAUAGUUCAGAUGAUUUCUUGCUCCGAGACGGCACCACUCUCGAGGAUUCACUAGCCACAAAUCUUACGGACAAGGAGAUAUUUGACUUCGGACAGUCAUGGCAAGUCAGCGAGGCCGAGUCCCUGUUCGAGUACGGCGAGAGGAACUGGACCUACUACAACCCUGCUAAUUUCACACCAAUUUUCCUGAGUGACCUCAAGGCUCAAGACCCCGAGCGGACACGUGCUGCAGAGGAGGCAUGCGGUGAUGAUGAAAUGUGCUUGUUUGACUACCUUGCCGUAAGCCCAGAACUGGGAGCUAUGACAAUGGAGGCCGGGAAUACAUUUGAUGACAACCUUGCCAACCUAGAAAAUUUCCCGCCGAACGUAACUAUGAUCACUGAUACCAACAAUGUUCUUCAGGAAAAAGAGAAAGUACUAUGUGUCACAGUUAACGAAACUGUUCAGCUGAUGUUUACGGCUGAAGAUCCUAAUGACGGGGAUAUGGUCAAUUUUACUUUAGCCGACUCUGUUCCAGAUGGUGCAACUAUCAGUUCUGAUGGCUCUUUUGAGUGGACACCAUCGAGUCUCAAUGUAUCAAGGAUUGAGGUCAUGGUCAGCGAUGACCGAGGUGCGCAAACAGUGGUCUCCUUUAAGGUCAAGAUCUGCGAAUGCAUGAACGAGGGCGUAUGUGACUUCCAGACCCAAGCCGUAGGCCAGAAUCUCAACGCUAAUGGAUACGCGGUUGUCACGUGCAAUUGUACCAUCGGGUGGUCAGGUGACCAUUGUGAAGUAGAAUUCGACGCCUGUGCAGGGUCUCCCUGCUACGAGGCGGUACUAUGUAUGGACGAACUCGCUGGGGUAACGCCUGAAUUUCAGUGUGGUGACUGCCCGCCAGGCCUGCAGGGGGACGGGGAAACAUGCUAUGAUGUCAACGAAUGCCAAAGCAACACGACCAACGACUGUGAUCAGACCUGCCACAACAUCCUCAAUGGGUACUACUGUUCUUGCGACGAUGGAUUUACUCUUUCUCUGGAUAAACAUUCGUGUAUAGACAACGCAGGUUGUACACCUACUGCAAUGAACAAUACUGGUUCUCCAAAUUGUACAUGUGACCCUGGUUACGAGUUUGAUAAUGGAACCUGUUCAGAUUUUGAUGAAUGUUCGGAAGGAGUUCAGAAUGACUGCCCUGAAGUUUCAACAUGUAUAAAUACAGACGGGGACUACUUUUGUAACUGCAUGGAUGGAUAUAAUACAGUCAACGAAACAAAGUCAUGCGAAGAUAUCGAUGAGUGUGCUACUGGCAACCACAUGUGUAACGGAAGUUUGAAUCGUGUGUGCAUGAACACCGUGGGGAACCACACCUGUAUCUGUAACACAAGUUAUGCCCUUGUCGACGGAUCAUGCGAAUCUGCUAACUCGUACACUCUGGAACUGAGGUUUGACUUCAUCAAUGACAUAGCAAUCCAGCAUUAUACAGACACUGAACAAAACCGGAACCGACUAGCUGAACAGGUGUUUGACCAGCUUAACAGUACAUCUGUUAUAGGAGAUGGGAACCUUGCAGAUGUUAUUGUGACUAAUUAUACCGUGGUCGGUGGCAACGCUUUUGUAGAGUUCCGGAUCGACUCGUUCAACUCUGAACUGAACGCUACCUUCUUAGAUUCUGUGUUUACUGACUCCCUUCCGCCUAACCGAGUAUUUGGUUUGAAUAACCGGAUCGUUGAACAAGACGUCAACGAGUGCUUAGUGUUCACUGAUGCUUGCCGUAAUGGGAAUUGUACGAACACCUACGGGAGUUUCUACUGCACGUGUAACGAAGGCUUCCUAGGAACGGGAACAGAUUCUUGCGAAGAUAUAAUAGAAUGUCUGGGGGAGAAUGACUGCCAGCAAAUAUGUUACAACGAGGAGGGUGGAUACUCAUGUGCGUGCUGGGAUGGAUACGAGAUGGAUGGUAGCGGAUUUAAUUGCACGGAUAUUGACGAAUGCUCCAGGAAUUCAUCUGCCUGUGAAAAUGGAAUGUGUAUGAACCUGGUCGGCUCUUUCAACUGUUCAUGUAACUCUGGAUAUGAAUUAAGCAAUGACAACAUUACUUGCAGUGAUAUAAACGAAUGUCUGCAGGGGACGAAUGACUGCCAGCAAAUAUGUUACAACGAGGAAGGUGGAUACUCAUGCGCGUGCUGGGAUGGAUACGAGAUGGAUGGUAGCGGAUUUAAUUGCACGGAUAUUGACGAAUGCUCCAGGAAUUCAUCGGCCUGUGAAAAUGGAAUGUGUAUGAACCUGAUCGGCUCUUUCAACUGUUCAUGUAACUCUGGAUAUGAAAUAAGCAAUGACAACAUUACUUGCAGUGAUAUUAACGAAUGCUCUGCAAGUCCAUCUGUCUGUGAUUCUGAAAAUGGAGUGUGUACGAACUCAAUUGGCUCUUACAACUGUUCAUGUACCCCUGGAUAUGAAUUAAGCACUGAUGGUAUUACGUGCAAUGUGACAUCAGGUGCCACAACCAUGCAGCCAGAAACAACACCUAGUGCCACCUCACAGCUUGUUCCAUCAAGUGUCACAUCCAUGCAACCUGAAACAACACCUGGUGCCACCUCACAACUUGUAUCAUUAAGUGCCACAACCAUGCAGCCACAAGCAACACCCAGUGCAACCUCAGAACCUGUGUCAUCAAGUGCCACAACCAUGCAGCCACAAGCAACAACCAUGCAGCCACAAGCAACAUCCAGUGCCACCUCACAACCUGUGUCAUCAAGUGUCACAACCAUGCAGCCAGAAACAACAUCCAGUGCCACCACGCAAUUUGAUGUUGGCAUUGUCCUUGAGAUCAUCUUCGAGAACACAUUCCAAAACGAUCUUGCAGACCCAUUGUCUACUGUGUUCAUGGAUUUGGCAAAUGCUCUCUGCAAUCGUUUGACCGAGUAUUUCAGGAGGCUGACGAGUGACGAUAUCAGAUGCGAAGUAAUACGGUUCAGAAACGGUAGUGUAGUGGCAGAUGUUAACUUGACCUUCCCUGCUAACGACGCCUCCCAGGCACAGAACAUCAUGGAUAAUGUCGGAAUCGUUACCGCAAUGGAUAUAGGAAACAUUAUAGUCAACAAUGACAUAUACUUCACAACCGCCAUCAACUCAAAUGCUCCUGAGCCUACUACCAUGCAAACAGAGACAACAACAGAGCCACAAGCACUGUCUAAUGGAGCGAUCAUCGCUAUCGUGCUAGGUGUGUUAGCAGGUCUUCUUGUCAUCAUCGUCUUCACGUGUGGUUUCUUGAUACAGGCAUCGCGGAGGAACGCAGCUAAGUUUGCUGUAGGAGAGGCGUACCAUGGUCCAUACAGCAGGCAAACCCCUGCCCCUUCUUUCUACGGUGAUGAUCCAUGGGAGGAUUCGGCGAGCUAUAAUUCUCUCGAUCGCCGUGAAUUUGCAGUUAGCCGAGCGGUAGAAAGACUCGCACACGACCGUGAACGCAGACAAGAGAACGUUCAAUUCCAGACACCAUACGUCGUAGGAGGAGAUGACAAUCGCGGUGUUGAACGGAACCCUUUCUACUACUGAAGAAAAGUUUCAGACGCUGGAUCAGGAAAUCAAUGAUUUUUUUUUUCUUUUUUAGAAGGCUCUUGUAAAGAUUAAGAAAUUGUUAAUUAGCUGUAGGUAGGAAUAUUCUAUGGAAAAAAUUGCCUCCUGAAACAAAUUCAUUUAAAAUGCCUAAAUAUUCAACCUAAUUUUGACCAAAAAAUUCUAAAGUUUUGGGACUUUCAGCAAUACUGAGGCAAUUUGUUAUCAUUUUGAUGAUUCUAAAACCUAACAGAAAACACCAUUCUUAUAUGCUAACUGCAUAACUUUUUUUCCAAUCGCUAUCACUUUCUUUCACAAUCCAGUCACAUGACUAGAACAGAACUUUAUCUUUAAGUAGCGUAAUUUUGUUACUUGUAUCGCUCAUUUUGCAUUUGCAUUUUUUUUCUUAAUCUGAUUAUCAAAUCAGCUUCCACUGAAUGAUUUAUUCUUUCAUUUGUUUCAUAUAUAUAUAUAUAUAUGUUACUAUAAUUAUAUGUAACGCAAUGAAUACUUACUUUCGGGAGAGACAGGGUUUUGUCUGUUUUUUGGCUAAGAAAUUUAUAAUCAGAUGAAAACUAUGACGAUGUCUAGUUAUGUUAUUUACAUAUAAUCUGGUAGUAUGUGUAUAAUGUUAAUGUACUGGGCUUACAGUGGUAUUAGUAAUUUAAGUGCAGCUGUUUAUUUUUAAUCACUUUGAAAAAAAGUAAGUAGUUACCGAGUAUUCUACGAAUGAAUGGUUCAGAAGUAUUAAGAUAAUAUUUUAGGACAACUUAAGAAAAUGCCUUCGCACAGCACCUAAGACGUACAUAAGUCGUUGUUGUUCUUUAUCUAGAAGUAGCGCUAUUUUGUUAUUUAUAACACUCAUUUUGCGUCAUUUAACUUAAGCAUUUUGGGGGUAAUCUGAUUAUCAAAUCACCUUCCACUGAAUAAUUAAUUCAUUCAUUUAUUUCAUAUAUAGAUUUUGCUAUGAUAUUAUGUUAGGCAAUGAAUACUUGCUUUUGGGAGAGACAGGGUUUUGUCUAUUUUACCUAACAAAUUUAUAAUCGGAUGAAAACUAUGACGAUGUCUAGUUAUGUUAUAUAUAUAAUCGUGUAGUACAUGUAUAAUGUUAAUGUACCAGGCUUACAGGUGUAUUAGUAGUCUACGUGCAGCUGUUUAUUUUUAAUCACUUUAAAAAGUAACUAUAGUUAACCAGUAUUCUAUGAAUGAAUGGUUCAGGAGUAUAAAGAUAACAUAUGUAGGACAACUUCAGAAAAUGACUUCGCACAGACCCUAAGAAGGACGUAAGUCGUUGUUCUUUAUCUUGAAGUAGCGCCAUUUUGAUAUUUGCAUCACUCAUUUUGUGUUAGCAUUUUUGUUGGUAAUCUGCUUAUCAAAUCACCUUCCACUGAAUAAUUAAUUCAUUCAUUUCAUAUAUAUAUAUAUAUAUAUAUAUAUAUUGCUAUAAUUAUGUGUAAGGCAAUGAAUACUUGCUUUUGGGAGAGACAGGGUUUUGUAUUUUUUAUUUAACAUAUUUAUAAUCGGAUGAAAACUAUGACGAUGUCUAGUUAUGUUAUAUAUAUUUAUAAUCUGGCAGUACAUGUAUCAUGUUAAUGUACCGGGCUUAAAGAUUCACUAGUAGUUGAAGUGCAGCUGUUUAUUUUUAAUCACUUUAAACAAAAAAGUUGUUACCCAGUAGUCUAUGAUUGAAUGUUUCAGGAAUAUAAAGAUAAAUAUUAUACAGGACAACUUUAGAUAAUGCCUUUGCACAGAACCUAAGAAGGACGAAAGUCGUUGCUGUUAUUUUUUGUUUGUUUGGCAACCAGUCUGCACUAAUUAUAUUUGCCACAAAUGGUCUUUUUAAUAUAGAUUGAUGGCUUAUUUUUACCUGACGUCUAAGAAAGCAUGUGUAUGCUUGUAUUUGUGACCAAAGAGCACUAGUGCAUCGACUUUAUAUCGAACCCGGGACCUCCCGAUUACGAAUAAAGGACUAUAUUUUGCAUCAUA